CGCCGGCCGGCUGCCGGAGGGUCCUUCCCCGGGAAAAGUUGCUCGGCGCCCCCCCGUCCCGGGCGAGGGGCGGCGGGUGUCCUGGGCUGCCUUCCCGCCUCCCCCGGCGCCUCUGCGCGUCGCCGAGCUAUUUAUUUAAAUUGCAAAUAAAGCGCCUCGGCGCCUGCCCCGCCGGCGUGAGGCUGCCCCGCGUGAGGCUGCCCCGCGGGGCCGGCGGCGACGACCCCAUGGCCGGGGGGGGGGCGGCGGCGGCGGCCCCGGCCCCCGGGGCUCUGCUCUGCGCUCUGCUCGCGGCGGCGGCGGCGGCGGGGGGGGGGGGCGGCCCCGGGGGCAGCCCCGCACCCGGCGCCUUCGGCCGCGUCUACCGGGGCGCCGUGAACGUCAGCGCGGAGCGGGUCUACGCCUUCGCCUACAGCAGCGAGCCCGGGCAGGUAGAUGCUAUGCGGGUAUAUGUGAACAGCAGCUCUGAGAACCUGCAAUAUCCUGUACUGUUUGUAGUUCGCCAACAGAAGGGAGUUCUGUCGUGGCAGGUCCCACUAAUUUUUCGAGGCCUCUAUCAAAGGACCUACAAUUACCAAGAAGUGAGUCGGACCCUCUGUCCCUCUGAGCCAACACCUGAGACAGGACCCUCUGACCAGAUUAUAUUUGUGGAUGUCGCUUCAAUGGCACCAUUUAACAUUGCAUAUGAGCUGCUAGUCACCAGGCUCAAGAACUUCCAACUUGAGACCAACAAAGCCUUUAACUUCACUGCCAGUCCUUCCCAGCCCCAGUAUUUUCUCUACAAAUUUCCUGAGGAUGUCGAUUCAGUUGUUAUUGAAGUGGUGUCUGAUGCAGUCUACCCAUGCUCAGUUGUCUCUGUCCAGGAUAUUGUGUGCCCUGUAUAUGACCUGGACCAUAAUGUGGAGUUCAACGGUGUCUACCAGUCUAUGACUAAGCAGGCAGCCAUAACGGUGCAGAGAAAGGACUUCCCAGGUGAGCAGUUCUUUGUGGUAUUCAUCAUCAAGCCAGAGGAUUAUGCCUGUGGGGGUUCUGUGCCUUCUUCCAUUCAUGGGAAUGUCAACCGUACCUGGAACCUGCAGCGGACGAAGAACCUUCAAGUGACGAUUGUGCCCUCUAUUAAAAAGUCCACUUAUGUCCAGGCCAUGUUCUUCAGCUUCCUGAGUUUCCUCUCCUUUUACUUGGGCUCAAUGGUUGUUGCUUUUGUGCACUACAUCAGGGUUCGGAGGAAGGCUUCAGCUGGGAGACUGAGUCCUGAGGAUGGAUCUGGAAUUAUGACUUCCUCGCACCCCAUUACAGCCAGCACUCCUGAGGGAAGCAGCUAUGGUGCUAUUGAUGAGUCCAGCUCCAGCGGUGGACGUCAGUUGUCUUCCUCUGCAUGCGGGCCACCAGCUGGUUCUGACACAGACAGCUCUGUGGAGGAGGAGAGCGACUUUGACACCAUGCCGGAAAUCGAAAGUGAUAAGAAUGUCAUCCGCACUAAGGUGUUCCUCUACCUAUCAGACUUGUCCAGGAAGGACCGAAGGAUUGUGAGCAAAAAAUACAAAAUCUAUUUCUGGAACAUUAUCACUAUUGCAGUCUUCUAUGCCCUGCCAGUCAUCCAGCUCGUCAUCACUUACCAGACGGUAGUGAAUGUGACGGGCAAUCAGGACAUCUGCUACUACAACUUUCUGUGUGCUCAUCCCCUUGGGGUGCUGAGUGCCUUCAACAACAUCCUCAGCAAUGUGGGCCACAUGCUGCUGGGUUUCCUCUUCCUUCUCAUUGUGUUGCGCAGGGACAUUCUUCACCGUCGGGCCAUGGAGAUGAAAGAUGUCUAUACCCUGGACUAUGGGAUCCCAAAGCAUUUUGGUCUGUUUUAUGCUAUGGGCAUCGCUCUGAUGAUGGAAGGGGUGCUCAGUGCCUGUUACCACGUCUGCCCUAAUUACUCCAAUUUCCAGUUUGACACCUCCUUCAUGUACAUGAUCGCAGGACUGUGCAUGCUCAAGCUCUACCAGACCCGCCACCCAGACAUCAAUGCCAGCGCCUACUCUGCCUAUGCCUCGUUUGCUGUGGUGAUCUGUCUGGCUGUCCUUGGAGUGGUGUUUGGGAAAAAUGACAUGUGGUUUUGGGUCAUUUUCUCAAUGAUCCAUGUUUUGGCCUCACUGGCUCUCAGCACCCAGAUCUACUACAUGGGCCGCUUCAAGAUCGAGGGCCCUGACUCAGACGUGGGGAUAUUUCGACGGGCAGCGAUGGUGCUGUAUACAGACUGCAUCCAGCAGUGCAGUCGACCAAUGUACAUGGACAGGAUGGUGCUUCUCAUUGUUGGAAACCUGGUCAACUGGUCCCUUGCUAUCUUUGGGCUGGUGUAUCGGCCCAGAGACUUCGCCUCCUACAUACUGGGGAUCUUUAUCUGUAACCUGUUGCUGUAUCUGGCUUUCUACAUCAUCAUGAAGCUCCGCAGCUCUGAGAAGCUCCUGCCCAUCCCCUUGUUCUGCAUCGUGGCCACAGCAGUGGUGUGGGCAGCUGCCCUCUACUUCUUCUUCCAGACCCUCAGCAGCUGGGAGGAGACUCCAGCAGAGUCCCGGGAAAAGAACCGUCCGUGCAUCCUGUUGGGCUUCUUUGAUGACCAUGAUGUCUGGCACUUCCUCUCCGCAGCUGCCCUGUUCUUCUCCUUUCUGGUCCUGCUGACCCUGGAUGAUGACCUGGACACGGUGCACAGGGACAAGAUCCCAGUGUUCUGAGCCCCCAGAGGAUGGGGGCGUAGGGGCGUCCCAAACCGCUCAGCCAAAAGCACUGGGCCGCUGGCGUCUGUGGGGAAUGAGCCUGCUUCCGUGGCCGACAACCCCAUGGGAGCAGGGGAGCCAGAUCCCGCAGCAAGCACGAAGUGGUGCUGUGGUAACUGAGGCGGGACCAGGAGGGAAGGUGGCGUUUGCUUCCCUUCCCGCCGCGUCCUUUGCGGCAGGCACGACGCAGCAGCUGAGGCCAGUGGACAGCCCUCUGGCUUGUAGGUGCAGUGGGUGCUGGAGCCGGUGAAGAGGGAGGAAGCAGAAGGGGUGUUUGGGACCUUUGCUUCCCUUUCUCCCUGCUGAAGAGCUCCACUUCCCCUCCGGUGAGCCCGCUUGACACAUGCAAUGGCAGCCAGGGCCUGGGCCCUGCAGGUUGCUGCCCUCGGAGAAUCUCUUUGGCAGCACGGGGAGAGCGUUGGGUUCCUGUUCUGCAGCUGCCAGGGAGCAAAGGACUCCAAGGUGAUGUGGCAGCGGGGGCCUGUUGUUCUGCUGGGGAGGCUCCUCCUGUGGCUGACGAGGAGCCACGGUAGCAAGAGACUGCAGUGUUGGAGGGAGGUGGGGGAUCAGAGCUGCCCGUGAGCGCUCUGCCAGAGGCAGAACUUCCCGCCUUGCUCUUGCAGCCUUUCUCACUUACUCGUAUUGAACAGCCCCGCUUCUCUCUGGCAGCUCCUGCACAGGCACGUGUCAGUGUGACGGUCUCCCUCACAGCACCAGAAGUGCUGUCCUCAACUGACCCUGAGAGAGACACUGUGGUGAAGCUGUAGCCUCGUGUGCUGGGCAGUUCCUUGGUUCCUGCUGCGUGGCCUUGCUGAAGGGGGGGUGGGGGGAGGCUGUCCAGCAGCCUCGCACUUCUUCCUCCCACAAGCUUGCUUUGGGAAAACUUGGCAAAGCGGGUUCCCUCAUGGGCUGGGGGUGUGGAGAAGGUUUUGGGGCAGUUGGGAUUGAGCUCUUUACCUAAAGAUCUGGACCAAACUUCUUUCCUCUUCAACUUUUCUGCAUCUGAAAUAAGGGUUUUUUUUUUAAAUGGCUUCUGCAUUCUUCCUGAGUUCUUAGUUAUUUAAAAAACAAGAAUCAGGUGUGAAUUAUUUCAGGCCUUGCGUCUAAAAUGUGACCUGUUUUGCUAAUUCUGAAUUAAAAACUAUUCUCUGAGGCCUGCUGUCCUUA